AUUCGCCAAAUUGCUGAUAGAAAUUCAACGAGGACGCUCAGCAGUUUCUUAGAUUUCAAAGUCAGAGCUAAAGCAUUGCACAGCCGAAGGAUUCAAGUGCCGCCGUGCAACGAGGUUAUCGAGACGCUUUGUAAACAAAGUGUAAAAGUGUCUGGAGAGAUUGGCAGUAUUGAGUGUGCCGGACUGGAGCGAGGUCUGUGCUGUGGCUGUUAUUGAGAGUUUCCACGAUGGCCGCCGCCACCGCGCUCAAAGAUCCCAGGAAUUUCUUUAAACAAGGCACAGCAGCGCAAUUUACGUUCGUAAUUGGCCUGUACGAAGAAGCGGUUAAGCUGAAAGCCGAGCAGAAGAACAAGAAGCCCGAAGAAUUUCUUAAACUGGACAAAUGGUACCAAACAGAACUUCCAAAAAGGAUAAAGGCAAGAGGGAAAGAUGCUCACUUAACUCAUGAAGAAUUAUGUCAGUGUAUGAAAUGGAAACUUUCACGUGGCAAGUUUUCUCCAAGGCUAAAAGACCUCAUUCAGAUGAAUACCCCACGCUUGUGUAUGACGGAGACGAAAAAAGCCUUCAGAGCAUUGAUGAAAAAAGAUGACUUAGCCUCAGCAAUCCAAGCCCUUUGCAACUUGAAAGGUGUUGGACCAGCCAUGGCAUCAACAAUUCUCACAGCUGGCAGCCCAGAACAGUGUGGCUUCAUGGCUGAUGAGUGCCUGUUGGCCAUUCCAGAAAUUGAAGGCAUUGACUACACUACAAAAGAGCUUUUGAAUUUUGUGGAACAGCUGAAAAUGGCAGCUAAUAGAUUAAAUAAAGAAGGUAGUGGAGAAUGGAACCCACAUAAGGUGGAAAUGGCUCUUUGGGCACAUUUUGUGGUUUCUGAUUGCAAGAAGGAACUUUUGGAUGACAUGCCUGCUGGGGUUGCACCCGAUUCUACCACUACCACUCCAACCGGUCCAUUAGGGCAGGCGCAGCAACCUACUGAAAAUGGGGAUACUGAAACGAAUGUACAACAAAAAGAGAAGAAUGGUGGGCCUGUACCUGAAGAGAGCAAUGAUUCAAUGGAUUCUGCCUUUGCUAAUAAAGAAAAUCUUACUGCCAAUACAAAUGGCACUUCAGAUGCUGAGAACAGUAGAGCUUCUAUUAUUUCAAACUGUGAAGAUACAAAUGAUUCUAUGGCAGUAUCAGAAGCUCCAAGUGAAGCACUCUCAGAAGCACCUAGUGAGCCGGUUUCAGAGGCUCCAAGUGAGUCUGUCUCUGAAGUCCCAAGUGAGCCUGCGCCAGACACGCCAGAUACCACUAGCCAAACAGCAGAUAGAUCACAAGAUGCUUCAGUUACAAAAACAAGUGCUCCAACAGUUGAGAAAGUUGCAACCUCCGUUGUGUCCUCCAACCCCACAGCAGACAGCACUGAUGAACCAGCGCAGAAGAAAGUCAAAGUGGAUGAAUAGUGUAGCAAGGUGGCUAGCCAAUUAUAGCAGCACCUUGUGGUGGUUUGCUAAGAAUGCUACUGCCUAUGUGUGUGUGUGUGUGGAGAGACUUACUCAUUGCCCCUCUACGCUACCCAUAACGGGUCCAGAAGCAGAUUAUGUAGUGUCUUUGGGGGAAUGUAACACUGUUGUGACAGAUGUAUAUAUGUCGCCCAGUAACAGUACCCCAACAAAUCUUUAUUCCCCACCAUCGCUCACUCUUGUUUAAUGUACAUUCCAAGAGGCUUUUAUCAUGGAGAGAUAUUUUGUUUGUGCAUUUCUAUUUUGCAGCUCAAGAUAGACAAAAUCAUUACUGAACCUAACCUCAGAAGAAACCUGUGUGACUCUGGAUUGGCUCAGAUAUUUCCCAUCCCUGAUGCCUCCUUUACAAAGGGCCUCUCCAGUGUCAUAUGCUUCACCCAUUUUAUUUAACUUUUGCAUAAAUAUUUUAUAUAAGUCUUUUAGCCAGUUUUACCAUUUUAGAAUUAGUGCAAAGUUGUCACCUCAUUCACUCCGUGAUCUCCAUAAUAUUGAAGCCCUUCCGUAGCCCUCAGCCAUCGUAUUCAGCAGUAUUUUUUUUUUUUUUUUUUUUU